AUGCAUGUCGAAAUGGCGCAUUACCUGGAACGCCUACUUAGAAGUGACGGACGAUUCGAGAUCGUGGGUGAAGUCACGCUCGGUUUGGUCUGCUUCCGCAUAAAGAAUGACAAUGAGCGUACACAGACGCUGUACGAAAAGAUUGAAGCCGAUGGUCGUCUGCACUUGGUGCCGUCCUUUAUUCGUCAUCCAGUUGAGCUGUUCUUUAUCCGGGUCGUUAUGUGCUAUCAAUUUAUGGAUGAAGAAUUGACGCGAACCUCAUUCAAUGUCAUCUCCGAGCUGAACACGGAAAUUUUUGGUGUAAAGGAGACAACGCAUAGCCUGCACAAUUGA